AUGUCAGCCUUGGUGGAAACUGGGGGAAAGAAUGUCCGCCGGGAACAAAAUCUCCGGCCUGAGCAGGUUGAGGCGCUGCGCCUCAAGCGCGAGCCAAAGGAUCUGACAGUAACAUGUAUAGGGCAGGAGGAUGGCGAGGGCAACGUGGAAUAUAAGUACCGCAUUAAGGAUCCGCACCCGGUCCGAUUACAACAGCUGAUUACCCAGAUGAAGUACCGCUUGUCAGAGGGCAAUGGGGAGUGCUUCUAUUACAUCGGCAUUGAGGAUAAUGGAUACCCCAAGGGCCUGGAGCCCGCUGACUUGGAGGCCUCCAUUUCGACGCUGCAGCGCAUGGCAUCCUCCCUGGACGCCUUCGUCACGCUGGUGCACUACCUGCCUGCUGCCUGGGGCCGCCGGGCUGCGUUGUUGCGUGUUGCCACCAGCACGGCCCAGGAAGCUUGCCACACCGACCUGCGCAUCGCAGUGGCGGGCAGCGUAGAUGCGGGCAAGUCGACGCUGGUGGCGGUACUGACUCACGGGUCCAACGGCCGGCCAAUGCUGGACAACGGCCGUGGCCUCGCACGGAUGAACGUGUUCCGGCACAAGCACGAGAUGCAGAGCGGCCGCACGUCCAGCAUUUGUCACCAGUUGCUGGGGUACGACAAAGACGGCCAUGUCAUCAAUUACGCGACGCCGGCUGCAACGGCCUCAGCGCUGUCCCCCGCUGAGAUCACCAGCUGUGCGGCCAAGGUGCUGACCUUCCUGGACAUGGGCGGACACGAAAAGUAUCUCAAGACGGCUCUGUACGGCAUGACUGCCCUGCUGCCCGAUUUCGGUUUGCUGUGUGUGUGCGGAGUGGCGGGGCUCGGGCGGAUCGCCAGGGAGCACCUGGCGGUAGCGGUCGCGCUGGAGGUACCCGUGGCGAUUAUUAUCACUAAGGUGGAGCUAGUAAAUGCGGAGCGCUUCGCGGCUGUGGUGGCUGAGGUGCGGCAACUUGUGGCACUCAUCAUGCGACACGAGAGCGGCAUGGGGACAGUACAGCAGCAGCAGAACCCUACCGCUGCGGACCCCACCGCUGACGAGCGACGCGUUGAGGCCGCCUCUCCGCUGGUUACCACUGAGUCAGAGGCCCUGGCCAGUGCACGCGUGCUGUGCCAGCUGCGUGCAGACUCUCUGGCCUCAUCCGCAGCGCGUGGCGUUCUGCGUGUGCAUAUGCCCAUCUUCGCCGUGUCCGCGGUGUCCGGCUCGGGCCUGCCCGUUCUCCACACUUUCCUCAACGCGUUGCAGCCUGCCGCACCACACAAGGGCGGGUGCAGCACGCCGCUGACUAACGCCAGCAGUGGCGGCCCUCUCCUGUCGUCAACCGCUUCGGGCGCCUCCGUUAGCAUAGGCGCGGAUAGCAGCUAUGAUGGCACCAGCAGCUGCGGCGGCACGUCAGCGGGUGACAGCCCGCGCGCAGGCGCCGCUAGCGGUAAUGGCCCUGUCACCUUCAAUAGUUUAGAUGGGCCUGCGGUGGCGGCUGCUGCUGCUGCAGCUGCUGCAGCCGCUGGGCCACAGCAGCAGCUCCUGUACGCCCCCGCCACCGCUGCCACAGCGGCGAUGACACCGGCGGCCGCAGUGGCUGCGGAGGCGCAGGCGGUGCAUUUCCAGGUGGACGGCACAUUUGAGGUGGAGGGCGUGGGCUCGGUGGUGUCGGGUACGCUGGUCAGUGGCAUGGUACGUCUGGGCCAGGAGCUGCUGCUGGGACCCACCGCCACUGGCGACUUCACCCGUGUGGUUGUGCGGCAGUUGCAACGCUCGCACGUUCAAGUCAAGCAGGUGCGUGCGGGGCAGACGUGCACCAUCGCCAUUAGCCCAGCUGUGGCGCCGCCGCCAGCGGCAGCUGUAGCAGAUGCCGCCACCACGACAGCAAGCAGCACAGCCGCCGCUGCGUGUAGAACGCUGCUCGACAGUGAGAUGCUACCGUUGGGAAGCUCGCCCGGGGUAGGACGAAUGGCGGCGGCCGCGGGCGCCAACGGCGGUCGCAGGACAUCAGAGACAGGCUUCGAGGACGCUCUGGCAGCUGCGCAGACAGCCCUGGAUUUGUGCCUUGGGGGCGACAGUGACGGCCUUGCGGCCGAUGGCGGUGCCGAUGACGACUUGUUCGGAUUUGAUGCGUCCGACGGUCCUACGUCGCCGCCUUCACGCAGGGUCAAGGUCACCUCUCCCCAGCCCUUUCUCGGCAGCGACGCCUCAGAGCAGCUCUUCCUUGGAUCCUCUUACGCCGGAAAGAGCAUCCCCUUGUCCAUGUCCGUGUGCCAGCUGCAUUCCACAACAAGCUUCUGCGUCAAGGGCGGCAGGGACGGUGGCGGCGCUGCUCCCGGCUCCGCAGCAGCAGCAGCGAUGGGCGGCUGUGCGGCCGCUGGCCUGAGCAUGGCCCCCAGCAGCGCUCUGUCCACGUCAGCGCCGGCCGCUCGCACAUUGUCAAUGGGCUCGGCGCCUAGUCCUUUCAGCGGAGUGGCGCCCAGGAGUAAGGGGGCGGUGCUGCUGGAGCCUGCACUGCAGCCGAGGACCAGCUGGACCUUCGAGGCAGUUUUGAUUCUGCUAGGCGGCCACUGGCCCCCGCGCGGCCUAGUGUCCGGCCGCUGGCCGCCAGCAGGUGACGAAGUGGAUGCGGCCAUGGGCGUGCUGCAGCUGCAGCUGGAUCCUAGGCAUGCAGACACAGCCUCCGCGUCGGCAUCGGAGCUGCAGCGCAGCAGCAGCAGUAGCGACCCGCCGACGUCUGGGCAGUCAGGCAGCAUGACACCGGCCAGCGGCGGGGCCGGCGAUGGCGGCGACGUUACGGCUGGCGAGAAGGUUGGCGUCAGCAGCAGCAGCAGGCGCGCCAGUGGCGGAGGCACCGGCCUGCGUAUCGGGGCGUUGUCGGACGAAGGCGGCGGCAUCAGGAGAGUCCAUGGAGUUGGAGUGCCGGCGCAUGAAACGAACACGGGAAAUGCGGCGGCUAUGGCUGCGAAUGGGGUAAAGAUGCGGCCAUUCGCAGGCCCCGGUCCGACAGGACGCCGGGGUUCAGCGAGUGGAGGCAAGACACUCGGCCUGAGAAGAAGGCAGCGCUCGUUUGUGACAGUCGUGCACUGCGGCAGUGUACGACAGCCCGCAUACGUGCUGAUGAUGCAGCAGCCUUCGGACCAUGACAUGGGCUGCCUAGUGCGGGUGGCGUUCCGAUGGCAGCACCGGCCGGAGUGGCUGCGCGAGGGCGCCAAGCUACUGGUUCGGGACCGUGGUGAUGGCCGGCUGGAGGCGAGGUCGUCAUGCAUGGGCGUGAUCGGCAUGAGCAGGGCCAAGCAGAUUUUAUUUAUGUACACAGGUGCCACGGGCUCUUAUGCCAUUGUGUACUUGCCGGCAUAGGUUGUAUUGAGGUGUCAUCCUGGAUCCUGGGACGGCGAACAUAAGCAUUGGUAGUGCAGGCGGCAUCGACGCGACAAUUGCACGUCUUGAAGCACCACACUUUAGUGGGUGCGAACUGUUUUGCGAGCAUAAUACGACGUAUGGCCUGUGCGAGCCAUAUGAGUCUCAUAAGUAUCGGGCACAGAGUCAAGGUGGUGGUUGUCAUGUUGCGUACUGAAGUGAGGUGCUAGCGGUUCACAAUGCACCAGUUGGCCGUCCACGGCUGAAGGAAACGGACUGAGCCCAAUACUAUUCCUUUCAAUGUGUCUUUGUUUGUCGAUCGAGACGACAGGUAUCAACAUGGCUGCCUAUGGAAUCGCAGGUGUCUUUGUUUUGUUUUCGUAGCUGGGGGACAGCCGAGCGGAUUGUCGGCAGUCAUAUCGGUGCCGACGAAUUAAUAAAUUUUGGGGUGUUUUAAUAUCCCGCACACCGGUCUGUGAGCAGGGCACACGUUGACGCGGGAAAUUUGUGACGCGGUUCCGACUUUUAAGAAAUACUAGAAGGG